GUCCCAUGCAAGCUAUGAACUACAUUCUGUGCUGCCAAUCGGCGUGGGGACUCUGGCUAAUCAUGUCAGGUUUAUGCCUCUGCCUAAGCUCAAAGUCCUUGCGAGCAGUGCGGUGUUCCACACCCCAUUCAUGAGGAAGAUAUGGACAUGGAUAGGACUGGUUGCUGCAAUGAGGAAGAAUUUCUACUCCUGCCUUGCAGCUGCUUACAGUUGCGAUGUAGUGCCUGGAGGCAUACAGGAGAUUCUUCAUACAGAUCAUGAUUCCGUUGCUUUCCUUAAUUCAAGAAAACGGUUUGUCAAGAUAGCUAUGCAUGUUGGCUGCCCUUUAGUCCCUGUUGUCUACUUCAGACGGAGCAAAGCUUACAGAUGGUGGAGGCCAGGAGGCAAAUUGUUUGUGAACAUUGCUAUAGCACUUAAAUUUACUCCUAUUAUCUUCUGGGGAAGAUAUGGGACACCGAUCGCUUUCUCGACACCUAUGCAUCUGGUUGUUGGUAGACCCAUUGAGCUGAAGAAAAAUCCUCUACCUACCAUUGAUGAGAUAAAUGAAGUGCAUGGACAAUUCGUGGGCGCCUUGCAAGAACUAUUUGAGAAAUACAAGAUGAAAGCCGGAUAUCCUAGCCUCCAUCUGAGAGUCCUGUAA